UAAUGUCAACAAUAUGGGGCAUCAGGUGAUAAUAUUUGACUUUUCUGUCAUAAGAGGACUGUGGGAAACUCGAGUUAAGAAGAGCAAAGAACGUCAGAGGAAGGAGAAAGAAAGAUUAGAACAAAGUGCAUUGGAGAAGAAUCACAGCUUUCCUCCAAGAGCUUCUAAUCAGACAUUGAGAAGAGUGUACCUGCUGAAGGAAGAGCAACUGAAAGAAACCCAGUUACUCCUAAUUUACUCUGAUGGCUCUGAAAUCCCUACCAAUGCACACUUCUUUUCUAAGCUGGUUGCUCCUUUGAAAGGUUCAAUCACUGAUUUUAUUGUAGAGUAAUCCUUUGCGUCAGGUUGAUUAGAUUCAUUAUUUUGUUGGAGAAAAUAAAAUUCCAAGAAGGGAACUACCGUGUCCUUGAAAAGAAACAUGUAUAAUAAUAAUGAAAAAUAUAUGCUGUGAACCUUUUUCUGAAGUUAUACUCCAAUAGUGAAGAAGCAUUUGGGAAAUGAUUACCUGAAGAGGAAUACAGCACUAACCAAAAUGAAAAUACUUGAAUCUUCUAUUUCCCGGCUGAUCUUUUUUCAUAACUGUAACAUAUUGCCCUGAAAGCUUACUGUAAAAAGGCAAUAUAUUGGAAAAUAACUUACCAGAGUAAAAUUCCUCUAUGCCACAUACAUCUGCCUUAGUGAAAAGUGUGCUUUUAUGUUACAGAUAUAUAGAAAAUGCAGGAAUUCCAUGGGAAUGAGAGGGUAGUAAUGCAGAAUUAAGCUUCACAGAAGGACAGAAAACUCUGUCUGAGGGACUGGAGAAUGCAAGAAAGAGCAGAACAGCAGUGGAUAAAACAGGAAUGGAAUUUGAUACUAGAGUGCCGUAAGAAAGGUAUUCCUCAAUCAAAAUACCUCAAGAAUGGCUUUGUAGACAUCAAUGAGAAGAACCUGGACAUCCAUGGAAAGAAUCCUCAGCUCAAGAAGAGUCAUGCCUCAUCAGAUGGAGCAAAUAAAGAACAGAACAAGUUUAUUUUUCAGCUUUCUGGAGAGCAGUGGACGGAACUUCCAGAUUCUCUGAAAGAACAGAUCUAUCUGAAAGAAUGGCAUGUGUACAAUACAUUGAUACAGACCAUUCCAGCCUACCUUGCACUAUUUCAAGAUCUGAGAGUACUGGAAUUGUCAAAAAAUCAAAUCAACCACCUUCCAGGGGAGAUUGGCUGCUUAAAAAACCUCAAAGUGCUCAAUGUGAGUUUCAAUAAUUUGAAGUCAGUUCCUCCAGAACUGGGUGAUUGUGAGAAUCUAGAAAAACUGGAUUUGUCUGGAAAUAUGGAAAUAACAGAGCUCCCAUUUGAACUAAGUAACCUGAAACAACUCACAUUUGUGGAUGUGUCAGCAAACAAGUUCCAUUCUAUUCCAAUUUGUGUUCUCCGGAUGUCUAAUUUGCAGUGGUUGGAUAUUAGCAGCAACAGCCUGAAAGAUCUCCCAGAAGACAUAGACAGGUUAGAUGAAUUGCAGACGCUCCUCCUACAGAAAAACAAGUUGACUUAUCUUCCACGAGCUCUUGUCAAUAUGCCAAAGCUCAGUUUGCUAGUUGUCAGUGGUGAUGACCUGGUUGAGAUACCCACAGCCAUCUGUGAGUCAACCACAGGUUUAAAAUUUGUAAGUCUCAAGGACAGUCCGGUUGAAACAAUUGUAUGUGAAGACACUGAAGAAAUUAUAGAAAAUGAACGUGAACGUGAGCAAGUUGAGAAAGAGUUUAUGAAAGCAUACCUUGAAGACCUAAGGGAAAGGGAGUCUACUCCUUCCUACACUACAAAAGUAAUGCUCAGUCUCCAGCUCUGAAGAUUAAAAAUCUCUAGAUCUCUACUGAAUAUCUGAAUAACUCUGUUUAUAUCCACCUGAAUAGUAAACCCAUGAAAAUAUAGAUGGCCAGAAUGAUAUCAAAAUCAUAUUGAAUUAUUUAUUUGUUUCUGUAGGCUUUUCAAGUAACUACAGAUAAAACAAGGAGUGGUAGAACCUUCAUAAGAUGCCGUUUCACAUUUUAAGUCAACAUGUUUAUUUUCAAGUUCACAGCAACAGCCACUAAUUUGCAUGUAGACCUGCUGAAAGUAAAUAUUCAUUUUGACUAAGUAUACACAGGCAUAGCUGAAGAAAGAAGACAUUCAAUGUUGUAGCUGAAACAGUGAAAUGCAAAAUGUGAUCUUAGGAAGAGAUUUGAUUUUAUAAAAGGGGAUAAACUGAUUUAGAAAAUGAAUGUGAUCUGUUGUUAAGACCAAAUACACAUUUAGGUAUUUACAAUAUUGAAAUUAGAACACACCCAUAGUUUGCUUUUCUGCAAGAAAAUUAUUCUUGGAAUUUUCAGUUUAGAUAAGUUUCAACAAUGUUACAUAUAGAAGCUGUAGCACUUCUUUUAUUCAAGCAUAUUUUAAGCUCUAACGUGUUUGCAAAAUCAAGUACCAAUGUGAUUGAGAUUUCUGCACUAAGCAGUCUUGUAGUAAUAGUUGUGUACUACGUAAGAUUUUAAGGCACUUAGUGGUGUCAGUUAAUACUAUCAGUAAAAUGAUGAUACAGGUAUUAUAUUAAUGGUUUCAGAUCACAGGAUUUUGUGGACAUUUGUUGGAAUUUUCCAAGUAGAGUAAGAAUGAGUUUGCUAGUAAAACAUUAUUUUGCUUGCUAUUUAAUUAUCUGUUUAUAUACAAUUAUUUAAGUGUACAUCGAGUAGAGUUUCAGAAACCUAGUUUUACAUGUAUUUUUUAUUUAAUAAAGCAAUCUUUUUAAUCUAAAAAACUUGAGACUUUGAGAAUUGAGAAUCAAAUUAGACUCAAAUUACAGAAUUUAAAUGGUCUUAAACUUAUGAGUGCAGUUAAGUGAGACAAUAUUUACAUCUUUUCUUUUUGUUAUGGGUGAUCUAUUUUGAGUUUUAUGCAGUAGAAUGUCACUUAAGUAGCCAUAUUUUAAAAAAAAAAAAGCAAUGAAGGAUAUGAUCCUCAGGCUUCCAUAUAGAAAAAUAACUUUAGAUGUUUUCUUUUCAACAUUCUAGCAUUCAAACUUUUAAAAGAAAAAACAUUUUAAAGAGUGGGUGUGUUAUUUCCUCUUGCAGUCUUCUUUAUAUUACUAUCAAAAUGAAACCCAUUCAAAAUUGUCUGUAUAUGUUAAUGCAGAUUUUAAGCAAGUUCUGAUCCAGGGAGAAGUUAAAAAUUAGAAAAAUUGGCAUUGAUCUGAAGCAGAAUAAUAGAAGACUUUUUUUUUACCAUCAAGGACAAAUUGAAAUAGGAUAAAAUAGUGUCAAAUUGGUCUGUGUGAAUUAGGCUAUGUGAAACUAACCUACCACACUUUCUUUUAUUGAGAUUAUAAAUUUAUUUUAUUGAUAUUGAUGCAAUAAACUUCUGUAAGACA